AAACGGUGGCCAAACCAGUCAGGUCACUGUUAAUCGAUCCGAUGUCUUAAAGGUACCUAUAUCCAAGCAGGGAAUACUUGUACCCGCACAUGGAAUAUCCAUGCUUGAGUAGCUUGAGUCGUAGAUCGAACAUUAUGAAUCUUGAACCAAACAGUAGGUACCUAAAUCCGAGUAAGACGACUGAAGCUAUAAAAUAUCUAUUUAAAGGACACAUGCAUUGAUCAUGUGACUUUAUAGCAAUUCUAAUUUGAACGUCGGAGUGGACUUUUAAAAAUGUCUUUUGUAUAUUUUUUGACGUAGCUAUUAUACUAUUGCCUAAAACAUCUUUUGCCAUAAAAUGUCUGCUAGAAAAGGUCAAGGCCAACCGAUAUUCCUUGUAAAUAGCAAAUAAAUCCAUUUCUUCAGUUCUCUAUAAGAUCAAAUUUUCAAUUUAAAUUUAAGGGUUCCCUUCUCAUAAAUCUAAUUUUGUGAGAAAAUGUUAUACUCCUUUCUUAUUUUUCAACUUUACUUUUUAAAAUAUUCUUAAUAAUACAUCUCAGUAUAAGAAGUAAAUGCCUCCAAUUUGCCAUAUAAACUGUGGAUAGAUAGGCAUAGGGGUGGGAUGAUAUUGUUUAAUAUUGUCUGCUUUGGAUUGAUAUUUAUCCCCCUUUCCCAUUAGUAUACAACCACUUUUCUUCUUCUUUUUCUUAGUUAUUGUAGAAAGGGUAAGAAGAAGAAGAAGAGAUGAAGCAGCCUGCAUAGAUUACAACUUUCAUCUAUGAAAUUUAAAACACAGAGCUGGAGGCUGAAGCCGUGUUUUGUCUUUAGGCAAAACUGGCAUGUUAGGCACAACACGCUAGUUUUUUAGAUUAUUUAUUAUUCUAUUUAUAUUGGGUGUAUAAAUGAAUAAAUUUGUGAAGAUAAAAAUGUGGGUUAAUUAUAAAAAAAAAAAGAUCAACCACAUAUUUAAUAUUUUAGUGUGUUUUGGAAUUACUUUAAAAUUUGGAAAAAUAUGCGACCAGGUUUUAUAUUUUGGUUUAUCGGAACACCCAACUAUUUUUAGCUUAAAUGACGUUGAUGUGACUGCCGAAACAAUAUAUAUGAUGGUAUUUAUCUGAGGUUUCUUUCAACUAAAACUAAUUUGGUAUAUUGAUUUGUCAAAACAUAAAACUUGAUUGAUUUGACAUAUUUUUAUAGUUCACGUUGCAAUUGCAAAACACGUAAAAGUUCAUAGUUUAAUUUACAUUUAAUCAAUAAAACAUUGUACCCCUAAGUGCAAUAUAUUUUUUUCUAAAUUUUUUUGUUUAUAUUUUUAUGAUGCUUUAACUAUAUUCAAUUGAUAAUUUUUAAAAAUGUAUAGAAGGAUAUAAUUUAUUGUAUUUGAUACUAUAAUGAUAGUAUUUUAUAUGUUCAAGUCUUAAACUCUCACUCAAUAAUUUUACAUGUUCAAGUUUUAUUCCACAUGUAAGGCGUAGGUGAGUUAAUAAUAAGGUGUCUUUCUGGUUUAAUUGGGAUUGCGGGUCCAAUCAUAUACAUAUAUAUAGCCGUUUAAAAUUUAGAGGUAACAUUUUGCCUUCCGUAACAUAUUUAUCUUCAAGUAUAAAUCAGUCUAAAUGUGUACUUGAGGAAGGUACAAGGAGUUUUGUGUACCUUUUUACCAUUUUGUUUUAGAGGAAUUUUACCAAUUUUAAAUGAUGGAAGAUUAGUUUAAAUUAAAAAUAAUAGAAUGUGUAUAAGAGACUUUUAGAAAUGGAAUCCAUAAUAAAAUAUAAAGAAGCAAGAAAUUGGCGCAGUAUUAGUUUUUAGACUACCAGAUUUAGUUGACUAUCACAAAUCUCUCCUCUCUCUCAUAACACCAUUCUUCAAACUCUAUCUUCUUUCUUUCCUUUUUCAUUCCUUAAUUCUCAACAACCGCACCAAAAAAAAAACAUGGUCUCCAUCCAAGAACUCCCAAUCUCUUCCAUGGCUUCAACCGGUUCUUGACUGUUUGUAGUUUCUUUUUCUCUGCUUGCUUUGAUUUGAACACAAGAAUGGGCGUCUGGGCCAUGCUCAUUGUAUCUGCUUUAUGGCUUCAUGUUAACUCAGCAACUCUAUGCAAUGAGAACGAUACGAGAGCUCUUGAAGAUUUCAUGCAUGGCUUGCAGUCUCCAAUUCCGCAGUGGGGCUCCGACAACUGCUGUCUUUGGUCAGGCAUCACUUGUUCCAACACCACUUCUUCUCCGAGAGUUGCGAAGCUUGAGCUCCCUAAUCAACGACUCACCGGCCGACUACCCGAGUCCCUGGGGAAUUUGGAUCACCUUACAACUCUUAACCUGUCUCGUAAUUUUCUCAAAGAUUCUCUCCCUUUCUCAUUGUUUCACUUGCCAAAACUGCAGCUUUUAGACCUCAGCUUUAAUGACUUCACCGACUCUAUCCCACUCUCCAUUAAUCUCCCUUCCCUCUCGACGCUCGACAUCUCCUCCAACAAUCUCAACGGCUCUCUUCCCACUCUCAUCUGCCAAAACUCCACUCAGCUGCAAAUCAUUCGCAUGGCCGUCAACUACUUCUCCGGCCCUCUUCUCCUCUCCGGCUGCGCUUCCUUGGAGCAUCUGUGUCUUGGCAUGAAUAAUCUCUCCGGUGGCAUCUCUGACAAUAUCUUCCACCUUCAAAAACUCAACCUGCUGGAUCUUCAAGAUAACAAACUCUCUGGGCAGCUCAGCCCGGGAAUUGGCCGACUCCUCAGCCUUGAAAGAUUGGACCUCUCGUCCAACUAUUUUUCAGGUCCCAUUCCUGAUGUUUUUCACUUGCUGCCCAAGUUUAAGUUCUUUAUAGGCCAUUCUAAUGGUUUUCUUGGUACUAUCCCGCCCUCUUUGCUUAAUUCUCCUUCUCUUAAAUUGCUCAAUUUGAGAAAUAAUUCGUUGGAUGGGGGUGUUGAUCGUUUUAACUGCUCUGUCAUGACUAGUUUAGACUCUCUUGAUUUGGGCUCUAAUAAGUUUAAAGGUCUUUUGCCUGCUAAUCUUCCUUCUUGUAAGUAUUUAAAGAACAUUAAUCUUGCCCGCAACAAUUUUAGUGGCCAAAUCCCUGAAAGUUUCAGGAAUUUUGAGAGCCUGUCUUACCUUUCCCUUUCGAAUACCAGCAUCCAUAAUCUUGCCUCCGCCCUGCAAAUCCUGCAGCACUGCAAGAACUUGACUACUUUGGUGCUGACCUUGAAUUUCCGCGGCGAACAAUUGCCUGCGCUUCCUGCUCUUCGUUUUGAUAACUUGAAGGUACUUGUGAUUGCAAGCUGUAGACUUACUGGAUCAAUACCUCUGUGGUUGAGGAACAGCACCAAUUUGCAGCUGUUAGAUUUGUCAUGGAACCAUUUGAGUGGAACUAUUCCGGUCUGGUUUGGUGAUUUUCUAGAUUUCUUUUAUCUGGAUUUGUCGAAUAACUCUUUUGUUGGAGAGAUCCCUAAGAGCUUGACUCAAUUGCCAAGUCUCAUUAGCAGGAAUAUCUCAUUAGUGGAGCCUUCUUCGGAUUUUCCAUUUUUUAUGAGAAGGAAUGAAACGAGGGGUUUGCGGUAUAAUCAAGUUUUGAGCUUUCCACCAACACUGGACCUUAGUCAUAACAACCUUACAGGGUUUAUCUGGCCGGAGUUCGGGAAUCUGAAAAAGCUCCACAUUUUGGACCUCAAGUAUAAUGAAUUUUCUGGAUCAAUACCGAGUGAAAUAUCAGGCAUGAGCAGCUUGGAGACUCUGGAUUUGUCACACAAUAAUCUUUCAGGGGCCAUUCCGUCGUCACUGGUAGGUCUCAGUUUUCUAUCCAAGUUUAAUGUCGCCCACAAUAAUCUCUCAGGUAGGAUCCCUGUUGGAGGUCAGUUUCUGACCUUCCCUAACUCAAGUUUUGAAGGUAAUGAUCUUUGCGGCGACCAUGGUAUGCCCCCUUGUGUAAUAAGUGAUCAAGUUCCACCCGAAGCACAUGUGAAAUCUAGAAGAAAUAGAGAUAUAAUUAUCGGGAUGGUUGUGGGGAUUGUCUUGGGGACGUCUUUUCUUGUUGUCGUUAUGUUCAUGAUUGUGCUGCGGGCACAUAAUCGAGGAGAGGUUGAUCCUGAAAAGGAGGGGCCAGAUACUGAAGAUAAAGAGGUGGGAGAACUCGGAUCAAAGUUAGUGGUUCUCUUUCAUACAAAAGAGAACUGUAAAGAGCUCUCGUUGGAGGACCUUCUGAAAUCUACCAACAAUUUUGACCAAGCAAAUAUCAUUGGAUGUGGGGGUUUUGGUCUAGUUUAUAAAGCUACCCUGCCUGAUGGGAGAAAGGUUGCAAUCAAGAGGCUCUCUGGUGACUCUUGUCAGAUGGACAGGGAAUUCCAGGCAGAGGUUGAAACCCUAUCGAGAGCUCAGCAUCCGAAUCUCGUCCACCUUCAAGGGUAUUGCGCAUUCAACAACGAUAGGCUUUUAAUAUACUCUUACAUGGAAAAUAGCAGCUUGGAUUAUUGGCUGCAUGAAAAUAUGGAUGGCACAUCAGCACUUGAUUGGAGUAGUAGGCUCCGAAUUGCUCGAGGGGCUGCAAGGGGUCUUGCAUAUCUACACCAGUCAUGCGAGCCCCACAUCGUUCACCGGGAUAUUAAGUCAAGUAACAUCCUUUUGAAUGAGGAUUUCGAAGCACAUUUAGCAGAUUUUGGUCUUGCAAGGCUCAUAAAACCUUACGAGACCCACGUGACGACUGAUCUUGUAGGUACAUUAGGCUAUAUCCCUCCGGAGUACGGCCAGGCAUCCGUUGCCACCUACAAAGGGGAUGUGUAUAGUUUCGGAGUUGUUUUGUUGGAGCUGCUUACUGGGAAAAGACCCAUGGAUAUAUGCAAGCCGCGAGGUUUGAGGGAUAUGGUAUCUUGGGUGCUUCACAUGAAGAAAGAGGGGAGACAAACAGAGGUAUUUGAUCCAUUCAUUUACGACAAGGAGAACGAUAAGCAAUUACUGCAGGUUCUUGAUAUCGCUUGCCUUUGCUUGAGUGAAAUACCUAAAAUGAGACCUUCAACAAUGCAGCUGGUUUCUUGGCUUAAUACCAUUUGAUAUCACCACCUACUGGGCUGCAAGUUUGAUCGCAAAUGGGAUCGAACGGAAGCAAGCAAUCUCGAAUGUUGUAAAUUCUUACAAUGGAGUACUGACAUUGUAGAAAAUACUAUUACACCAAAACAUGUACAAAACAAGAAGAAUAAUUUUUGAUACAGAAUGAAUGAGAUAUCCUGCAAAGGGCACUUAAAUCUCUAA